AUGAUUUUAAGCCGGCAUCAAUUGAUACUUCCUGUGAGGGGGACCUCCAAGUUGGGAAAGGAGAUGACGUAACAAUCACUUUGCCACAUAUUCCAGGUUCAACUCCACCAAUGACUGUGUUUAAAGGAAAUAAAAGGCCGUACCAGAAGGACUGUGUGCUUAUUAUCAAUCAUGACACUGGGGAGUAUGUGCUGGAAAAACUUAGCAGCAGCAUCCAAGUCAAGAAAACAAGAGCAGAGGGCAGCAGUAAGAUCCAAGCCCGAAUAGAACAGCAGUCUGCCCGAGCGUCUCAGCCCCCUUCACAGUUCAGAGCCCCAACCAAGCCAGCAGCUGGACCUAAAACUUCUCCUUUGAAAGACAAUCCUUCGCCUGAGCCUCAGCUGGAUGACAUUAAGAGAGAGCUGAGAGCGGAGGUCGAAAUUAUUGAGCAGAUGAGCAGCAGCAGCGGAAGCAGCUCAUCGGAUUCAGAAAGCUCAUCUGGGAGCGAAGAUGAAAGCUCCAGCAGCGAGGGGGAGGAGCCGGCCCAUGUCUCCCCUUCCCAGCCACCACACCAGCAGUACAACAACAGGAACGCUGUCGCUAACGGCACAGGCCGGCCGCAGGGGAGCAAUCAGCUCAUGAACACCCUCCGAAAUGACCUGCAGUUGAGUGAGUCUGGGAGCGACAGUGAUGACUAGAGGCUGAGCUUUUCCUGCUUCUGUUACAUACACAUGAAGAACUAAUUUACCCUGAAGUGAUCCUAUUAUUUAUGAAGAGGAACUGGCACAGAGAUAGUUCCACGUGUGGAAUUUUAAU